UUUACGAUCUGAGCGGUCAAGUUGUGGAGCGGCGAGCUGCGCUUGAAUGGCGCCUUUUGCGGUUCGGCGUGGUCGGUGCGAUGAUUGGGUUUUGUGGCCAGCUAGUGGAGAUGGGUGUGCCCACCAUGAGUGCUCCAAGUGUUGCCCCCAAAGUGCAGACUUAUUCGAUGUUUAAUUAAAGCGCAGCUCCCCCCAAAACGAAAGGAAACCAACCAUGGCCAUUGCCUACGAUUGGAAAAGCAGCGAUGGCUUUGAUGCCGACUUUGGCUGGAAUCGCUCCUUCUCCGAGCCGGAUCUCACAGCCAACCAAAAGAAGCAGGGCGAUCUCAGUCGGUUCGCCAUCAAGCAUCCGCACGAGUACAUAGCCGUCGAUGACCUCAAAUACUUCCGUCGGCGCAACCAGCCCGUCCAUCUGCACACCCGGAGCAACGUGUGCCUGCACAGCGGCGAUGAUCCACUGCCCCCCAGUUUUGGCUCCCUGAAGUCCGAGUACCGCAAGCAGUUCCGUGGCCACCAAUCCCGCCCUAGAUCCCUGCUGCGGCGCUCCACCUCGCUGCGUCUGGAGGGAUUCAUGCAGCUGCUGUCGGAGCACCAGGAGAAAUACCACUGGUACACGCCCGAGGACCUGCGAUUCUCCCGAACCUUCCCCGUUCGCAAUCCGGAGAACCUGCAGCUGGGAGAGGGAACCGAGGGAGCCUCCAAUGGCAUGAAGAACUCCUCGUACCUCAUGCUGGACCCCAGCACCAAGAUACUGCCGCGGGAGGUGUUCCUGGACGAGUCCGAGGUGGCGGCCAGGAACCAGCACCAGCAGCACCAGCAGCAGCCCAACAGCAAACUGGCGGCGGACAAGUUCCGCCGGGAUGUGGCCGCACAGGAGCAGCAGCGAUGCCACCUCCAGAUGAGGGCACAGGCAGUGGACAGGGAGCGGGAUGAGCAGGGCCAGGUGCCGGAACCCUCCGAGUACCGCCGCCAGUUCGUCCAGCAGUUCCCCGAGAAGGCGCACUCGAUUCCCCAGAUGAGCAGCAUCAAGAUCCAGGGCGAGUUUGUGGCCGUGCCCGAGUAUCGGGACAGCUUCCGGAUGUAUGCUAACUACUCGAAGAGUGCGCCCAUCAAGAAGGACGACAACCUGCGCGUCUCCGGCUCCGAGGCCGCCUGCCAGCCAUGCGAGUCUACAGCGGAUUUGCCGGAGUACCGCGAAAAAUUCAUCGACCCACCCAAGCACAUGGCCAAAGAGAAGUCCCUCAAGACGGACGACCACCUGCGUCCGCGCGGGGAGUUCACCAAAGAGAUUCCCGAGUACCACGAGAGCUUCCGCGAUCCGCAGAUCACCGAAAUGCCGGAGCGGGGCAAACCCCGUGAGCCAUUCCUCCGGCUACGCGGCAAGAUCGAGUUCAAUCCGGAGUAUCGGAACAACUAUCAGGACUUUCCGCGUUCCCGUCCAGUUGUCCAGAAGCCCACCUCCUGUUUCCGGCUGCCCAACUCCGUGAAUCAUCAUCAUCACCAUCAACCGUCGCAGGAUGAGGAUGUGGAGAGCCCUAUUCUAACUACGGUUCCGCCAGCGGAGGUAACGGCCACGCCGGAAUAUCGCCGAGCGCAGUACAACUAUCAGUUGAGGGAGCGCCCCAGGGACUUGGAAGGUGUACCCACUGUUACCCCCGGUAAUCCCCGCAAGAGCUCGGAUUCCUCCUUGGAGGUUCAGGCUCCCCAUAAGCGCAGAACUUCGCGACAGCGGUUGGGUAAGCCAGAGCAGCCGGAGCAGCCAUUAGCCACCAGAUUCGAGGACGUGGGCGGCGGCAAUACGGCCAAGAAGCCGGCCAGAUACGGCAGACGAGCCUCUGUCCUCCAGAAUGCCGCCAACUGCCGCGAGAACUCCUCCAUCAUCGAGGGGAAUCCCAAGUACGCCGUGGGCUGUCGGAGGGCUGCCAAGCAGGCAGCUGGGAAUCAAAUGGGAUCCACGGCCGGAGGAGCCUUCGUGGUGCUCGAGGAGCCCUGCAAGCCUUCCAACUGGAUGAAGAAGACCUGGUACGACUCCUAGGUAUCUACACCCGCAUCUUACGCCUAAACUAGAGUAUUCUGUUUUAAG